AAUGGCCAGGGAAAUGCAAGUGUUUAACCGGUCUUACGCUCCUGCUCAGGUUACAUUAACCGAAAUAUACAAACUACCCUUUACAAGUACCGUCAUCUCCCCGGCCCAGGCUCAUAUCCUCCCCUCCCUAAUACAAAAUCCUCCGGCACAAGAUCCACAAUACUACUCCUCCCACUCUUCAUGCUAGUCGCCCUCCCAACCCCAUGAGCAUGCACGACGCUGGUCCCCAUGGUCGGACUCCCUGCUCCCACCGGCCCAAUAACCGGACUGCCCAAUGUCCCCAUGCCACUUCCCCCCGUAACUGACCCCACGCCAACGACUGCCCCGCCGCCAACUCGUCCAUUGGCUUCGUCGUAAAACUUCCGCAAUGCCUCUGGGUCUUUACAAAAGCUCUCGAUCUCAUCCUUCACCGACUCUGGCGUAACGUCUACGCCGGAGCCGAUUCCUACCGAUGGCGGUGGACAGAGAAUUGUUGCGCGAAUGGCGUAUUGCCGGUUUGCCAUUAGCAGGAAUGAGCCAUCAUCUGUAAUUUGGCAGAAUAUCACGCCCGAGCGGUGGAUAUACUGACUGUGGCGGUAGUUUGGCGUCCCCCAGGAGUACUUUACGGACACUGUUGGGGGAAAGUUCUUUGCUGCCUCUGUAUCGAGGACGAAGCCAAGCUUUCGGAGAGCAAGGCGGUGGUAAAAGCGAUUAUCACUUUGGUUGUGGGUGGGGUGGGGUGGUGGGACUGGUUGGGUUGGAGAUAGGAUUGGAGAGAGAUCCAUAGAUUCGGUAGUGGGUGAGAUUGUUGAUAGCAUUGGAGGAGGUGGGGGUGGAGGGAUACAGAACUUGAAAAUAUACUGGCUGUGGAAGGGACUUGUACGGGGGAUCGUGGAAACUUCGUCAAUGGGUGCUUCUACUAACUUGAGCCCGUAACGAUCAAUAGUACGCGCCCAAGAGGCGAGUUGGUCUUCGAUCAGCUUUGCGGUUGUGUUCAUCCAGUCAAUGCGAAUGUGAUAGCAGUUGUCAGGGUUAUGUAGGCGGUCGUAAUGAAGGUUUAUAAGUUCCUUCCGGUAACUCUUUCGCGAUGGGUCGAUGUCAUAUUUCAUCACUUUGCUGAGUUCCACUUCGGCCUUCUUCUUGGUUGCCGGUGUGGGGGUUGGUGUUCGGUAUCCCGACAUGGAAGAAGUUUCCGAGCCCUCAUCUGUCACGAUUGUGCUACUCCUACUCCGCAACGGGCUCGAAGCGACAUCGAAUGCGGGCGCAGGUGGUACAGGUUUGUCGCUUUUGAAUCCACCGAACCAGCCUCCCUUGGAGGUGGGCCUCGGGGUGUUAGCGUGAGCUUCCGCGAUUCGGUAGAAGUAAUUUCCGUCUCGGAAUUGGUGACGCUUGUCCACAUGCUGGAAUAAUCCCGCUUUGAAGAGUUUUAACCCGAUUUCUUCCGCUUCCUGUCUUGUUUCGACGUCUUUGAAGUUUUCCACGAUCCAUGUUACCAUAUCUUCUCCAAUGAAACAAUUCGAGUGGAAUCUGAGAUGCCAGCGGCGGUCUUGGAGACGGACACCCUUAGGGCCUUGGAGUUCUUGUGCGAUGGCUUUCAGGUCAAGAUUUUUCUUCUCAAACACCUCCGUCGUGAGAAGCUGGCUCCGGCGUGUAUUGUUGGUAGGAUCUUCGAUGAGUGGAAGACUUUCCAACUCCUGCGCUACUACAACACUUGGGUCCACAGUUUUAUAUAGAAUCUGGAGAGGAUUUUUCUCUUUUGCUUUCCGCUUUCCGUAUCUCUCGUAUUGCCUUUCCUCGGGCGGGAUGUACCUAUUCCUUUGGAAUACCUGCGUGAGUCUUCUGAUGCCCUCCAAUCUGAUCUCCUCAUCAUUCAACUCGCCGCCAUUCGAGUGGCCCAGAAGCCCUCUCCUAGCUGAUUCCGGUGGAUCAUUUGGUAUUAAGACGAAUCGCGCGCGCCAGUACCGAAGUUGCUCUGUUAACGUGUCCUCAUACCCACCGAUAUAUUGGUCAACGUAAUUCCAGUUGUACUCUGCAAUCGGCAACCUGAACGCGGUUUUGACGGGGAUAUACUCCUCACCCAUUACCGUCUUCAUAUAGCUGACAUACUCAUUAGCAGUUGUGGAUUUAGGUAGGCCUAUCGCAGUUGUCGGUUUGCGUACAUAUCGCUUCACCUCAACAUUGUAUUCCUCAUCACAGAUAAGUUGAUGGAUCUGCGAGCCGAGGCUCAUGAAGCAAGAGCUACCUGCUUUAACCAUGUAGGUCUUUGAGUAUAUGUCAACAUCACCGCCUCGCCCAGAAGUGGCCUCUGCCACUGAGUUACCGACGACAAUUUGGAAACCUUGUGCCAGUCGCUGUGAUAUCAUUGCGCGAACGAGUUCCUCGCGGUUGCUGCUACUGCUCUCCUCUAUCUCAUCAUAAUCUGCAUUUUGGGAGAUCACAUAUGGAUUUUCCUGGUACCCGUCACGGAGCUGUUCUGCCGACGGAAAGUGCUCGGUCGUCAAUGGUAGAGCAGCUGGAGAACAAAGGCUUUUCCAUUUGACGGUGGAGAUCUUGAUCGGUUUAGGAAAUACGUGAUGCCAACGCCGGAAUUGGUUUACAGCACUUGGAAUGCUUUUCUUCGGGUUACUCGGAUUGAGUACUUGUACCCAUGGUGAAAGUGCGCUCGUUGGACUAACGGUAGGUGGAAUUGUUGCGGUUUUCUCUGCGUUUGCAACAAGAUCAACGCUGGGUCGUCCAUGCCUUGUUAAAUUGGGAACCUUCAGUAUAUCAACGGAUUCCCGUUCCCGCUCUCUAAGCAUGCCCGCGCGAUCCAGAGGGCUGCCUACAAUACUCCUCCGGCGAUCUCGAUCCCGCCCAGCUGCCUCCAGCGAGGUUAUCGCAUUAUUUUUGAUUGAAAUAGGCCUGCUUCCCCAUCCUAACUUUUCAGGGCUCCUCAGACUUCCAGCUGUGGUC